CAAGCCACCUUCUGUCCAGAAACUCGUUAUCUCCGACUGGUUCAGCGCUCCUUAUCUCCUGUGUUCAGCCACCUCCUUAUCUCCGACUGGUUCAGCGCUCGUGUUUUCAUGCAGAGUUAGACAUUGCCUCGCAUGUCAUCCAUCUCGAAACGUCUUGCCUGUCUUUGAUGUCAGAUCUCCACUUCCUUGGUCUCACGCGUGCGCGCUUUAUGGAUAUUUUGUGCUCUAUGCGUACGCACAUGACGGUAUGGUCCUUGCGAUCAUAACCCUUGGAAGCGCGUGACGAAUUGUAUCGGUCUCGUUCGUCGUAAUGGCAGUGUCUCAUUGCCUUGCCGACAACGAUAAUACAUCACCACCCAUAGCCUGAUGCUUCCAUCCCUUGAAACCCCUCGGAUUUUCAAGGAGUCAACGUGUUGCUCCAUUAUGACCCCUGUUGACCUUUGGCUUUUGUUCGGAUUUUGGUUGAUUCUCAUGGGUUUUAUCUGAGGCCUCGACAUCUGUUUUUUGACGUGGCAUUGGAAGCGAAUGAUGAAUUGUAUUGGUCUCGUUCGGCGUAAUGGCAUUCAUUGCCUUGCCGACAACCAUACUACAUCACCACCCAUAGCCUGAUGCUUCCAUCCGUAAAUACAUUCGUGGUUAAGGGGACUAAGUAGUACUGGUGACUUGCAUGACUACGAGCUCAUAACUUGCACCUGAUCCGUUGACCUAUUCCUGACACAGAUUUGCUGACAAUCAAUCUUUAGUUUUGGUGGUCCAAAGGACAGAGGGAAAGGCUAUAGAUAGGUUACUAAAAACUUAGCUUAGCAUCAGCCCUGGCCCUGAGAUCCCUCAGCUACGCAGGCGUACUUCCAAAAUUUCUCAAAUGUCUCCGAAAUUUUCAAUCCUUCCACCACAUGUCACAUGGCCCCCUCCCCUUCCUCGCAUCAAGACGCGGUGCAAGGAAGCAGCAGACCUACAAUUUUCAGAUCUGCAAGCCGCAGCAGGAUCGUCGCAACCAGGGCCAAAAGAGGGGCCACCGCCACCGGACUCGAAAGCACCAGCGAAUUCCAUUCAGAGGCGCGCUGGGGACUAUUCUGGCAGUCUGUCAUCUCUAGACGUGUCCGGCGGACGCUCCACUGGCAGUGGCGCUCGUCCAGAAACAGCAAACGAUGAUUUCCAGCCCGUGUCCCCUAUAAGCCGCCUCUUCCUGGACCCCGCUCUGAGCACUGUCAUCCUGAUGGCCAUGGAGUUUGAAGAGAGCGCCAUGGGACUGAAGGAACUGAGGGAGUUGGUGCGCGCCCUGCUGUCCUCCCAGCCGCGCUUCACCAGCCGAAUUGAGCACCGUGGCUGGUGGCAUGCGCCCACGUGGGUGCCUACCCACGUGGACUGGGCUGCUCACGUGGUGGAGGAACCUUCGCUCUGUGCCGCAUGCAGCAGUGAUGGGCCCAUAAAGACUGAGAGCCACAAGGAACAAUAUCCUCGUUAUAGUGUGCCCCGCUGCAGUGUAGAGAGCCACGUGGUUCGCCUGCAGACCCUCCCGCUCUUCGAUUUCAGCCAGCCGUUGUGGCGGGUGCACCUGCUGCCCACCUGUGCGCACAUCCCUCGCUCCACUGCUGUCUUCCGCAUCCACCACGUCAUAGGCGAUGGCACAUCCCUCAUGUCUCUGCUGUCCAGCUACUCCAUGGCAACGAACCCAUGCAUACCCCAGCCCACCAACUUAAAGCCUCACUUCAAGCCCGCUGAUGCUCCCUCGAAUUCGGCCCAGUUGCCGCAACCCUCCAAGCCCAGCAGCAGGAGAUGCAACGUUGAGGCGGCUCAGUGCUUCACGAGGCAAACACAGGGAGUCGACGCGGGGCAAGGCGCGCAGGAGUUGGUGGGAGGGAUGGUGAGAAGCAUGCGGAGCCAAGAGGGGGGUGCUCUCAGCGAUGGUGAUUGUGAGGCCUGCCAUGCGCCAGUGGGUCCUGCAAGCAUGGUGGGAAGCAGCCGAGAGCACGAGGGAGAGGGUGAGGAAGAGAGUGGGGGAGAGAGUGGGGGAGAGGAUGAUAGAGCGAGUGCGGGUGAGGGAGGGAGUAAGGGAGGGAGUGAGGUAGAUAUCGAAACAGAGAGUGUUGGCAGCGUUGUUGAGGGGAGUGAAUGCAAUGGGAGUGAGGGAAGCACGUGUGACGAUAGUGGGAGUGAGAGCAAAGGCAAUGAAACUGCUGUGGCGGGCAGCAGCACACCCACUAUGGCCGGCAUGGUUCGGAACGACACGGACAGCAGCGAGAGGAGCACAGGCAGCAGCACCAGUAACGCCAGCAGUGGCGGGUCCUCGGUGGGUGAACUGAUCAGGGAUGGGUCGGACUCUAGUACCAGCAGCAGCAGCAGCAGCAGCAGCAGCAGCAGCAGCAGCAGCAGCAGCAGCAGCAGCAGCAGCAGCAGCAGCAGCAGCAACACCAGCAGCAGCAGCCGCAGCAGCAGCAGCACCAGCAGCAGCACCAGCAGCAGCACCAGCAGCAGCACCAGCAGCAGCACCAGCAGCAGCACCAGCAGCAGCAGCAGCAGCAGCAGCACCAGCAGCAGCAGCAGCAGCAGCAGCAGCAGCAGCAGCAGCAGCAGCAGCAGCAGCAGCAGCAGCAGCAGCAGCAGCAACACCAGCAGCAGCAGCCGCAGCAGCAGCAGCAGCACCAGCAGCAGCACCAGCAGCAGCACCAGCAGCAGCACCAGCAGCAGCACCAGCAGCAGCACCAGCAGCACCAGCAGCACCAGCAGUAGCCAUGGCAGAGACAGCAGUCCUGGAACCACAGAAGAAGCUUCAAAAGCGUCCAAGGGAAUGGCAGCAGCAGCAGCAGCAGUGCCUGAGGCGGCAGCAGCAGCAGCAGCAGCAGCAGCAGCAGCAGUAGCAGUGUAUGAGACGACCCAAGAAUCAGCGGAAGAAGCGUUUGCCUUGAAAAGCAGCAUGGAGUGUGCGGCAGAAGUAGCUGGAUAUGACUCAGAGCCAGCAGCACAAUUUACCAGAGCAACAGCCCUGGUCUCGGCCACGCCAACAGCACCUGCAGUACCAGCAGCACCAACCGCACCAGCACUGCCUGGUUCCCAAUGCUCUCCUGCCAUGCCUGCUACAGGCUCUCACUCCCGUCCAAGCGGCUCCGGCCUUGCCCAGGGCUCACGGGCACUCUCUUGGCUGCACAGACGCGUGCAGCGGAAGAGGAGCAGCCUGAGCAGCGCAUGGCCACGCAUCACCACCAUGGGGGCGCACAUGCUCGAGUACUUAAAUAGAGCAUGGCGGUGCACUUUAGCUACUGUCGCCCAUAUGUUGGAGUUUCUCCUCACUAUCCUCUUCCUCUCAGACCACCCCUGCACGCGCAUCCGCUCGGCCAUGCCCUUCUCGCGCCUGUGCCAGCAGGAUCAGCGGCUGCUGGCAAGGAGCUUUGCAGUGACCGAGGGGAUCCCCAUGGAGAGGGUUACGAAAGUGCGCAAGGCACUGGGAGCGACUGUGAACGAUCUCAUGAUGGCAGUCGUUGCUGCGGGCAUUGAGAGCUACGUGCAAGCCAGGCGGGAUGGCAUUGAUGAGUCAACUCAGCAACUCUCUGAGCUCUGUGGAUGGGCCAGCAGGAGCGGUGCCAUACGGUUCAGAGCGGUAACGAUGGCUGAUCUGAGAAGCAGAUCCAGAAAGGGCCCACCUGAGUGGGGCAAUAAGCUUGGAAUCAACGUCAUAUCUCUCCCCAUCUCGCUUCCUCCUUAUCCUCCUCCUCCUCCACCUACCGUAACAACUCUAAAACUCACAAGCGCUGUAUCAGCCCCACUGCCACGUGUCAGCACCUCCUACAACGCCACACUGCCACAUAGGAUGGAUGGCCACGUUGUCAUUGAUCUCAUGCCAGAAGUAACCGCACCUGAUGCAGCAGUGGACAAUGCUUUUGGAGGGAGGACAGUGGCGUGGAGGAUAGAGGGGAGGAGAGAGGAGGGUAGAGGCGAGGAGGGGAAGGGGGAGGAGAGGAGGAGGGGGGAGGGAAGAGGGGAGGAGGUGAGGCGAGUGCAGCGGGUGAGGGCGGUGUGCGAGCAGAAGAAGGUCUCGUGGGAGGCUCGUCUCACCAACCUCUAUGCACGCCUGGCCCUCGCCCUCCUGGGGCGCAAGCCCAUGGCAUGGCUGUUUGCGAGGGUGUCUCAGCAGACCUCGAUUACAGUCUCCAACAUCGCCGGGCCAAAGGAAAAGCUGUGUCUUUCAGGCCAUGGUGUGUCAUCACUUGUCAUAACCACAGUGGGCCAACACCAGGCUAUGACGUGCCAUAUUGAAUCAUAUGCUGGAUACUUGAAUCUUGUUGUUAGUGCACUGGGUGACUACAUCCCUGAUGCCCCAAGCAUGUGUUCCCAUUUCAUGGAGGCCUUCAAAAGAUUGGAAAUGGAGGUCAUGUGCUACGAGAAUUGGUAACGGUUUUAUGUUCUUUGUAUCUGGAAGCGAGGAGAGGCAUUACCGAACCUUUCCACCAUGGUGUUUUACUUUGUGUGGAAGCUACCAUGGGUAAGAUGUGGACCAUAUGAAAGCAUAGCCUUUUAGU